GUGAUCAGGAACCAGGAAGUAGAUGAAAGCGUGUUGAUUCUUAAUGUCUGAGUUAAACAUCAAAAGAUGCAUUUGACUUGGCACUGAAGUACAUCCAGCCUUUUACAUCGGAGUCAUGAAUCUGUCAAUUCAGGCAGAACUCCAUUUAGCUUCCAAACGUCACCUUAAAGAGCGUAAAAAGAGGUCAUGGUCAACUACAUCCUCUUUGAGCCUGGCUGCUGAACUCCUGUCUGUCGACUGUGGGCUGAAGCCAUGUUUUCUGUAUGAUUAUAGUGGUGUGCGUGUUCACCAAAUUCAGAGCUACCUCCAAGAACUACAGCGUAUUGGCUUUAUAAAGGGGCACAUGCAUACCCUCAACAUUGCUGAUAAUAUUCUCAUUAUUAAUGUACCCAAAACCAUGUUAUAUUUGGAUUCAUUACUCCACAGUGAAGAUUUACAUGUAAUGGAUGUUUCUGCCUCCCUUGAUCAACCAGCAAUGCUCAGCUGCAAUCAUGUCUCAGUUAUUCGUACUCAAGUCACCCAGCUCUUGGACCAUCUAACACCUUACCAAAACGAACAACCAGCUACUGUAUCUUUGAGUGACAUUGAGUCUCCGCAGUGGAACCUCUGCACUAUAUUUGGAUUUAUUUUACAUUUCCCUGCAGUUUAUUGGUUUGACACAUCAAGUGGCUUUGAAAAUUGCUUGUCCAUGAUGCCGCUGAGACAUUUUACUGUCCAAGCCAGUUGCUCUACCAUAGGCCUCACCAAAGCCCAGAUCUAUUCGUUCAGUAUUCCUGAUUCUGUGUAUGAUUGUCUGCAGAAGCACUUACAGGAAUGGAUUGAUACGCUGAAACAGAAAUUUCUUGGACAAAGUGAUUUCACAGACCUUAAAAUUGCUGUCAAUACUGUGACUCUUAAAGCUGUUACACUUUGAAGACAUUUCUGAACUAUAUUAUUGUAUUAUUUUAUGUAAAAUGUAAUUACAUCCUCCCAUAAAA